AGCAACCCAGUGAGUGCCUCCCGCGCUGCCUGUCCCGCCUGGGAGGUUUCCGUGAGUGGUUUCUGUGACUCGAGGGACUAACUCUCUUCUCUUGGCCUCCCAACCCCGCUCUGAAACAGCAAAGCCGCGAUCCUCUGGGAUUUAAAAAGCGGCCAGGAGGCCCCGCCGGGAGCGGGGCGGGCACUCUUGUCCUCCUCCUCCUCCGGGGCAGGAGCGGGCGUGGAGGCGGAGCGAGCAGUCCACGCCCUCCGCCAGCCGAGCUCCUUCAGUCGGCACGCAGGCGACGUGGACACCGGACUGCCCUCCCGGAGCGCGGAGUCCGGCGGCCCACCCCGAGGGGAGCCGGAGCGCGCCGACCCGCUGGGCUGCACGCGGCGGACGGCAGGCCCGCGGAGCCGGGCGCGGUGAGCUGACUGCUCCGCUCCGGCGACUCCCCCGUCAGGCUCGGCUCCCACCCCAGCCCCGCGCUGGCGAGGCUUCCGGGCGUCGGAGCAACUCCGGGCUGCCCCCGCCGCCUCUUCCCUCACCCGGCCUUGGGCCUCGGGCCUCGGGAAGUUCCCGCGGAAGCGAAAGCGAAUCCUUCGGGCACAGCUCUGAGGGGAAGAAAAAAGUUGUGUAUUUUUUGGGCUUUCUGAGCAUUCAGAAGAAAACCAGACAUGUCCUUGGAUGACAUUGAGAUGAACUCUACUGACUUCCUGGAGCGCGAGGGUCUGGACAGUGGGGGCUUCGGAAAGGUGUCUCUGUGUUUACACAGAUCCCACGGACUCGUGGUCCUGAAGAAGGUGUACACGGGCCCCAAGCGCACCGAGUACAACGAGGCCCUCCUGGAGGAGGGCAGGCUGAUGCACAGGCUGCGGCACAGCCGCGUGGUGAGGCUGCUGGGCGUCAUCAUGGAGGAGGGGAACUACGCGCUGGUGAUGGAGUACGUGGAGAAGGGCGACCUCACGCACGUGCUCAAGGCCCAGAUCAGUAUCCCUCUCUCUGUGAAAGGAAGGAUAAUUAUGGAGACCAUUGAAGGAAUGUGCUACUUACACAGAGAAGGUGUAAUACACAAGGACCUCAAGCCUGAAAAUAUCCUCCUCGAUGGUGACUUUCACAUUAAGAUCGCUGACCUUGGCUUUGCCUCCCUUAAGACGUGGAGUGAGCUGAUGAAAGAGGAGCUCGCCGCACAGAAGAGAGGGAAGAGCCGCACGAAGAACGGCGGCAGCCUCCACUACACGGCCCCCGAGCACCUGAACGACGCCAGCUCGAGGCCCUCGGAGAAGUCGGACGUGUUCAGCUUCGCCAUAGUGCUCUGGGCCAUCUUUGCCAAUAAGGAGCCAUAUGAAGAUGCUGUCAGUGAGCAGCAGCUGAUAAUGCGCAUUAAAUCUGGGAGCAGGCCAGAUGUGGAGGACAUCACCGAGCGCUGCCCGCAGGAGGUCGUCGGCAUCCUGAAGCAGUGCUGGGCGCCGAAUCCAGAGGAUCGGCCAGCGUUUGCGGGCAUUGAAGAGAAAUUUAGGCCUUUUUAUUUAAAUCAAUUAGAAGAACAUGUAGAAGAGGAUGUGAAGAGUUUAAAGAAAGAGUAUCUGGCCCAAAAUGAAAUUGUAAAGAGAAUGAAGUCUCUCCAAAUUGAUUGUGUAGCAGUAUCUCCGAGCAGGUCAAAUUCAGCCACAGAACAGCCUGGUUCACUGCACAGCUCACGGGGAUUCGGGUCGGGUCCUGUGGAGGACUCCUGGUUCGCCCCCGCCCCAGAGUGGCAGCGGGAGGGGCAGGAGGACGUCCGGCUGCACAGCAAACUCCAGGAGGAGGCCCGCUACCACCUCUACGGCAGCCGCAUGGACAGGCACACAGAAGAGCGGCCCGGACGGGACGUGGCCGACAGUAGACAGGAAGAGAGGCGACGGAGGGUCUCCCAUGACCCUUUUGCACAGCAGAGACCUUACGAGAAUGCUCAGAGCCCAGGGCUAAAAGGCCUUGCUUAUUCCGGUGCAACCAAUCAUGGGAAUGCAGUUCAGCAACCAACAGGGCUAACCAGCCAAUCCCAGUUACUAUACUGGAGAAAUGGACUGUGUACAUCACCCGGUAUGGGAGCAAGACCAGUGGAUCUGAGAACCGCAGGUCCCGGAGUUUGCUACGGGCCACAUCCAGGCCACAUGCCAAGCCUGUAUAAAACUCCUGUGCCUGAGACCGACCCUCUGGGAAACACACCCACCAUUCCAUUCAGCUCCUUGCCAUCAAGAGAUGAGUCUUUAAAAUGUAGCAUAUACAACAGUUCUGGCAUUCAGAUUGGAAACAAUAAUUAUAUGGAGAUUGGCGGAAUGAGUUCACUGGUACUGGACAGCACGUACAUGAACCUGAAAGAAGACCCAGCUUCUCAGUACCAAGAUCUCUUUGAUAACACCACUAGUCUGACUGACAAACACCUGGACCCAGUCAGAGAAAAUCUGGGCAAGCACUGGAAAAACGUCGCCCGUAAGCUGGGCUUCUCUCAGUCGCAGAUUGAUGAAAUUGACCAUGACUACGAGCGCGAUGGGCUGAAGGAAAAGGUUUACCAGAUGCUCCAGAAGUGGCUGAUGAGGGAGGGCAGCAAAGGGGCCACGGUGGGCAAGCUGGCCUGUGCGCUGCACCGGUGCUCCAGGACAGACCUGCUGAGCAGCUUGGUCCACGCCUGCCAGAACUAAGCCCGCGCGGCUCCUGCAGC